AUGACAACCGCUCAGUUCAGAACUCUGGAAAGAGAGCACCGGUUCAAAAACCCUCCUAAGGACAAGUCGGACUUUCAAUUGUUGUACGAUGCUGUUAGACCCCAUGUUGGCUCGUUUAAUGCGCUGACGGAAGGACCCGACGGAGGCCUACUGAACCAGGCUGUUAAAGAUAUCGGCACGAAAACGAUCUUUGACUCGAACGAUGUGACCAGAUUGGGAAACAAACUCAAGAUCAGAGUGGACUCUGUCCAGGUGGCCAAGCCUCAAGUGCCUUCUACUGACAAGCUCUCUGUGGUUAGAAAUACAUAUCCUGCAGAGUGCAGAGAAAGAAUGACCUCGUAUAGAGCCAGACUCUUGCUCAAAGUUUGCUGGUCGGUCAACGACGGAGAGGAGAUCAGUGAGGUUAGAGAAGCCGGUCAAAUACCCAUCAUGUUGCAAUCCAACAGAUGUCAUCUGGAAAACCUGUCUCCGGACCAGCUGGUCAACCUGCGUGAGGAAACUGACGAAUUGGGAGGAUAUUUCAUUGUGAACGGUAUCGAGAAGCUGAUCAGAAUGUUGAUUGUUCAGAGAAGAAACCAUCCUAUGGCCAUCAUCAGACCCUCUUUCGCUAACAGAGGUACUUCAUAUUCGCAUUUCGGUGUCCAGAUCCGGUCUGUGCGGCCUGACCAGACAUCGCAAACCAACGUGUUGCACUAUUUGAAUGACGGUAAUGUCACUUUCCGGUUUUCGUGGAGAAAGAACGAGUAUUUAAUUCCUGUUGUGAUGAUUUUGAAAGCAUUGGUUGAGACCAGUGACAGAGAGAUAUUCGACGGAGUUGUUGGUGCAGACACCGGCAAUUCUUUCUUGACCGAUCGUUUGGAAUUGUUGCUGAGAACAUACAAGAACUACAACUUGUACUCGCAAAAGGAGACUCUAGCCUAUCUUGGAGACAAGUUCAGAGUUGUUUUCGGCGCUACUCCAGAUAUGUCUGACAUCAGCGUCGGAGAAGAAGUGAUUAAGCGCAUUGUUUUGGUUCAUUUGUCAAACAACCAGGAUAAGUUCCGCAUGUUGUUGUUCAUGAUUAGAAAAUUAUACUCUCUGGUUGCAGGUGACUGUUCUCCUGAUAAUCCAGAUGCCACUCAACAUCAAGAGAUUCUGCUUGGUGGUUUCCUUUACGGAAUGAUCUUGAAGGAGAAGAUCGAAGAGUAUCUGCAAAAUAUCAGGCUCCAAGUCCAAUCUGACAUCAACAGAGGAGUGGCAGUCAACUUUUCAGACAGAAAGUACAUGUCUAGGGUGUUUUUGAGAAUCAACGAGAACAUCGGACAGAAACUACAGUAUUUCCUCUCUACAGGUAACCUUGUGUCGCAAUCUGGAUUGGAUUUGCAGCAAGUGAGUGGUUACACGGUUGUUGCCGAAAAGAUUAAUUUCCACCGGUUCAUCUCGCAUUUCCGAAUGGUUCAUAGAGGUUCUUUCUUUGCACAGCUGAAAACCACUGCGGUUCGUAAGCUGCUUCCUGAAUCGUGGGGAUUUUUGUGUCCUGUCCAUACUCCCGAUGGAUCUCCAUGUGGUUUGUUGAACCACUUGGCUCACAAGUGUCAGAUCACCACCAGUCCUUCUGAUGUUUCCGAAGUUCCAAAACUUGUGUAUAAGUUGGGUGUUUCUCCAACGGCUUCUGCUAUGAACAUUUCUGGACCAAACGUUUGUUGUGUGCAGCUGGACGGAAGAAUCAUUGGAUGGUGCUCUCACAAACAGGGAAGAGUGGUGGCAGACACCUUGAGAUUCUGGAAGGUUGAAAAGAAGCACGGCAUUCCUCUUGACAUGGAGAUUGGCUAUGUUCCUCCAUCUGCUGGAGGACAGUACCCGGGUCUCUAUCUGUUUGCCGGAGCCUCCAGAAUGGUCAGGCCUGUCAGAUACCUUCCUCUAGACCAAGAGGACAUUAUUGGUCCAUUUGAACAGGUGUUUAUGAACAUUGCAGUCACUCCAGCAGAGAUUGAGAACAACAUCCAUUCGCAUGUCGAGUUUGCUCCAACCAACAUCCUGUCCAUUUUGGCCAACCUCACGCCGUUCUCCGACUUCAACCAGUCGCCUAGAAACAUGUACCAAUGCCAGAUGGGUAAGCAGACCAUGGGAACUCCUGGUGUUGCGUUGGUUCACAGAAGCGACAACAAGCUGUACCGUUUACAGGCCGGUCAAACUCCGAUCGUGAAGGCCAACUUGUACGAUGAGUACGGAAUGGACAACUUCCCUAACGGAACCAACGCUGUUGUGGCCGUCAUCUCGUAUACCGGAUACGAUAUGGAUGAUGCGAUGAUCAUCAACAAGUCUGCGGACGAGAGAGGAUUCGGAUACGGUGUGGUUUACAAGGUUGAAAAAGUUGAUCUUUCUUUGAACAGAAAGAGAGGCGACCCUAUCACCCAGCAUUUCGGUUUUGGUGACGACGAGUGGCCUCAGAGUUGGCAGGACAAGCUCGACAACGACGGACUGCCGUUCAUUGGUGUCCACGUCGAGGAGGGAGAUCCUAUCUGCGCAUACUACGACGAUAUUCUUGGAAAGACCAAGGUCAAGACGUACCACAGCUCAGAGCCAGCAUUCAUCGAGGAAGUGAAGCUUUUGGGAGACGAUAAUGGAACAAGCGAAUUCCAGACUCUUUCGAUCAAGUACAGAAUCACCAGACAGCCGUUGAUCGGAGACAAGUUCUCCUCGAGACAUGGACAGAAAGGUGUUUGCUCAAGAAAAUGGCCUCAAAUCGACAUGCCGUUCAGUGAAACGGGUAUUCAGCCAGACGUCAUCAUCAACCCGCACGCUUUCCCAUCGAGAAUGACCAUCGGUAUGUUUGUGGAGUCGUUGGCCGGAAAGGCAGGAGCUUUGCAUGGAAUUGCCCAGGAUGCCACUCCAUGGAAGUUCAGUGAGUCUGACACUCCUGCGGACUACUUUGGAGAACAGCUGCUCAAGUCCGGAUACAAUUUCCACGGUAAUGAGCCGCUUUAUUCGGGAGCAACCGGUGAGGAGCUCCGUGCAGACAUUUACAUCGGGGUUGUCUACUACCAGAGGCUGAGACACAUGGUGAACGAUAAAUUCCAGGUCAGAUCGACUGGUCCGGUGAACUCGCUCACCAUGCAACCGGUUAAGGGAAGAAAGAGACACGGAGGUAUCAGAGUGGGAGAGAUGGAGAGAGACGCUUUGAUUGGACACGGAACCUCGUUCUUGUUGCAAGAUCGGUUGUUGAACUGCUCGGACUACACGCAAACGUCGAUUUGCCGCUCGUGUGGCUCGUUGCUGUCUACGCAGAUGUCUGUGCCUCGCAUCGGCUCCCAAGCCUCGACCAGAUGCCGUCGCUGCGCCAAGAAAAUCGAACGCGUGCUUCCAAAUAUGGACGAACUGGAUAUUUGGGAGGACGGCCAAGGAACCAAGUUUAUUGGCGGUGGCGAGACAACCACCGUGGCCAUUCCUUUUGUGCUCAAGUACCUCGACUCCGAGCUCUCGGCCAUGGGAAUUCGCAUGCACUACAACGUUGGACCGCAGUAG